AGCAGUGCUGUCGGAGACCUGGGGGAGCAAGAAUUGUAGCAGUGACACAGUUUAUUUAAAGGGACAAGACAGAUGGCUGAGAUCUAUAGGGUCCCUAGGCUAUGAUCCAGAGUAGUGAGUGGGUCUGGAUCCCACUAGCCCCUGGGAAAUUGGCCUGGACUUUUGAUGCACCCCAGAAGGGGGAACUGUACUCUUUUAGUGGUGCAGCAGGAGAGCCAGGGCCAGAAAGGCCCAGAGAGGGCGAAGACAUCACCUCCUGUGAGGGAGCCCUGGGGCACUGCUCCAUACCAGAGCAGGGACAAUUUGAGAGAGCCCAGAAGGGGCUGGGAGCCAAUUUGAACCAGGGUGCUGUGAUGGAUUGAGGCGGGAGUCCAAGGACCGAGCUGCAGAUUGACAUGCCAGAGGGCACUGAGACAGGCCCCUGUUGGACUUGUACCCUGGACACAAUUUGGUUUGUAUUUCACAUACAGUCUGUGUGUGACUUGUCUGGAGGACUCAGUUGCUGAGGACUCACCACAAGGCUCUGUCAUGAGGAGGUGCUGAUGAUAGGCCAGUGCCACCUCAUAAGAAGGUCUGACGCAUCAGUCCUCCAGGAAGCAAUGAAUGACUCCGGCAGCGGGACACUGUGCUGCUAAAGUGAGGCUUGGAGAACACCUCAUGCAAGUGCAGAGAGCUGCAUUGGCUUCUCUAGCUCACAGACCAAGUGGAGGCGGAGCAUGUAGAAGACACAGAGUUAAGGGAAGUGACCUCAACACACAGGGUAGUACAGACUCACGGACGUUUUCCUGGGCAAACACACACCAGCCGAGUCUCUCUCUGCCCUGGGUCCCGCACUACGCAGGGCACCAUGGACCAAGGCAACAUGACUCUCUUGCCCAUAACCUGGACAAACUCCAGCCAACCUCCAGCAUCCAUGAACAGCACUAACCUGGCCGUUGCUCUGUUGCUCUUUGCCAUCUUCCUAGUGGGUGUGGUGGGGAAUGGGCUGUUCCUGUGGGUGCUGGGGCUGAAGAUGAGGAGGACGGUGACCACCCUCUGGUUCCUCCAUUUGGUCUCCUGUUCUCUCCUCUUUACCCUGAUGCUCCCUUUCUUCACUUUCCACGUUCUCCUUGGUUUCCACUGGGUCUUUGGAACAGCCAUGUGCAAGAUCCUCAGUUCCUGCACCCACCUGGGCAUGUUCUCCUCUGUCUUCCUCCUUGCUCUCAUCAGCCUGGACCGCUACACUCUGACCUGCUGCCCCGUCUGGUCCCGGUGUCACCGCACCAUGUCCUGGGUCAGGAAGCUGGUCAUGGGUGUGUGGCUGGCCUCCUUCACCCUUAGUGCUCCCUACCUGUUUUUCCAGGAGACCUGGGAGGUGGAGGGAGACAGGGUCAUUUGCGCCAUUUAUUACAUCCUCUCCAGAGACCAGGACAGAGCUGAGGUGCAGGCCUGGAGGAUACACGCGUACGUUGUGCUGUUCGUGGUCCGGUUCCUGCUGGGCUUCUUGCUGCCUUUCUGCAUCAUCGCGGUAUGCUACAGCCGGAUGGGGCUGGAGAUGAAGGAGAAAGGGCUGGCACGGAGCAGCAAGCCCUUCAAAGUCAUGGUGGCUGCGGUGGUGUCAUUCUUCUUUGGCUGGCUGCCCUAUCACCUCUACCAGAGCUUGACACUCAUCAGAGAUGUGCCACAGUCAUUGACUGAUGCCUUCCUGCUCAUGAGCAUCAUCACGUUCUGCUUCAACGUCUGCUUCACUCCAGUCCUCUACCUCUUUGUGGGGCAGACGUUCCAUCAGGUGCUCAGGACGUCCCUCUUCGUUCAGGUCAAAGCGGCUUUUCAUGAGGAUCUCGGUAGUGAUGUGUCUGGACCAGAUUCUAGAGGGAGAACAGGCGAGAAACUAACUGCAUGGAAGUAGAGUUAAAACUUGAACUCCUGCAAAAUCUAGAUACCUGUUACUUUAAAACGGGUUGGUUCUAGGUAUCUCAAUGUGUCCUUACUGAAUAGAGUUUCUUUGGGUCUAGAUUCACAGCUGGCUCUAGAUUCUCAUGUGUUCUAUGUCUCUUGGCAUGUUAUAGUUAAGGCUCCAAGUCUGUCACAGAGGUCAUGGAUUAUGUGACUCUCUGUGACCUCCAUGACUUCUGCAGCCGCUGGUGCUGGCUCUGGGGCUCCCUGAGCCGGGCAUCCCCAGGGCCGGCAGUAGCAGUUUGGGUGUGUGGGAUGGGGCUCAG